CACCCUUGUGCACCUCAAAAUAUAUUACAAGCAACUGUGCCAGUUUCUAGCUCUGAACCCUUGUCUAAUUUAGAUUCGCAAUUUCAAGUGGUAAAAGAUCCCAAUGCUAGAAAAUCAGGCGAGUCUGUUAAACAAUGGGGAUCGAGAUUACGAAAAAAAGUCAAAGAAUUAGGUGACAAGGAUCGUGAAGAAGAAAAGCAUGAAGAGCAAGGAUUUUUUGAUGAACCUAAAAUCGAGGAAGCAAAUCUUCAGCGUGAAACAUCUCCAAUGGUACAGCCAAAAAUUAAUGAGUCAGAGACUCGAGGCUAUGCCUCUCCUGAAGCUGGUCCAGGCCCUCGUACCCAAGCUCAUCGUGAAGAAUUGCAACCUGUUCAAGAAUUGCCUAUUCACGAAGAAGGAUUUCUAGAUUUAGAUGUAGAAGUACCAUGGCCAGUUCGAUUUCCAUAUAAUGAAGAGCAUCGUGUAAUAUGGCAAAAUGGAAUUCAGACCGCAAAGAAUAUGUUUAAAGUAGAUGGAGCCGAAUAUGCUUUCUCAACCUGGUUUACAGAAGCUAAAGAGAAAGAUUUGGCCAGUGUAAUAUUAGGAGCAGAAAAUGAAGAUGAAGCUAUGCAGAAGAAUUAUUUAGAAGAAGAAGAAAUCAAUGAAAUCAUAAAAUUGGCAGUAGAUGCUUAUAGAGCAUCAGAUAAAGAAAGUAAAGCCUGGUUAGAACAUGUGGAACAAGAAAUAGAAUCAAAAAAAUUUGAGGCUGGGAUGACUGAAAAGCGGGCUCAAGAAAUUUUAAAUGCGAUUGAUAAUGGCGAGUUCUUAAUAAGGGUAAAAUUCAUUCGAGAUAAUUCUGUAUAUGGAGAUAAAUCUCAAACAAGAUUGCUUUUAAAAUUAUUGAUAAAUAUGAGCCUAUUCGUGAAUCAAAAAAGGCAGGUGGAAAAUAC